AUGGGGUCAGGUUCCCCAGCCCGGAGGAGGCAAGAGCUGAACCACCCUGCCCGUCUGCCCGUUCCAGCUCCGGUCUCCUAUGUGAUUAGAGAUGAAGUGGAGAAAUACAACCGGAAUGGGGUAAAUGCACUUCAGUUGGAUCCAGCAUUAAAUAGACUCUUCACAGCAGGUCGAGACUCUAUUAUAAGGAUAUGGAGUGUCAAUCAGCACAAGCAAGACCCUUAUAUAGCAUCUAUGGAACAUCACACAGAUUGGGUAAAUGAUAUUGUGCUCUGCUGCAAUGGUAAAACUUUGAUAUCUGCUUCUUCAGAUACUACUGUUAAAGUUUGGAACGCACACAAGGGAUUUUGCAUGUCAACACUAAGGACACAUAAGGAUUAUGUGAAAGCUUUAGCAUAUGCAAAAGAUAAAGAACUGGUGGCAUCUGCUGGGCUGGACAGACAGAUAUUCCUCUGGGAUGUAAAUACUCUAACAGCACUGACUGCCUCAAAUAACACCGUAACAACUUCUUCCCUGAGUGGGAACAAAGACUCUAUCUACAGCCUUGCGAUGAAUCAAAUGGGAACAGUUAUUGUAUCAGGGUCCACUGAAAAGGUUCUAAGGGUGUGGGAUCCAAGAACUUGUGCAAAACUAAUGAAACUCAAAGGGCACACGGACAAUGUAAAAGCUUUGCUGUUGAACAGAGAUGGCACCCAGUGUCUUUCAGGCAGCUCUGAUGGGACUAUCCGGCUGUGGUCCCUUGGGCAGCAGAGAUGUAUUGCCACAUACCGAGUCCAUGAUGAAGGUGUUUGGGCUCUGCAGGUCAAUGAAGCCUUCACUCAUGUUUAUUCAGGAGGAAGAGACAGGAAGAUUUAUUGUACAGAUUUACGAAAUCCUGAUAUCCGUGUGCUUAUCUGUGAAGAAAAGGCACCAGUUCUUAAGAUGGAACUUGAUAGAUCAGCUGAUCCUCCUCCAGCUCUUUGGGUUGCAACAACUAAAUCCUCUGUGAAUAAAUGGACUUUGAAGGGAAUUCAUAAUUUUAGAGCAUCUGGAGAUUAUGAUAAUGAUUGUACCAAUCCUAUACCACCCCUAUGUACACAGCCUGACCAAGUUAUAAAAGGUGGUGCUAGUAUUAUUCAGUGCCACAUUCUUAAUGACAAGAGACACAUAUUAACCAAAGACACAAAUAAUAAUGUGGCAUACUGGGAUGUCUUGAAGGCAUGUAAAGUUGAAGACCUUGGGAAAGUAGAUUUUGAAGAAGAAAUUAAGAAGAGGUUUAAAAUGGUGUAUGUGCCAAACUGGUUCUCAGUAGACUUGAAAACUGGGAUGUUGACAAUUACUUUGGAUGAAAGUGACUGCUUUGCAGCCUGGGUUUCAGCAAAGGAUGCUGGAUUUAGCAGUCCAGAUGGUUCUGAUCCAAAAUUAAAUCUUGGGGGGCUUCUGCUACAAGCACUGCUGGAGUAUUGGCCUAGAACACAUAUCAAUCCAAUGGAUGAAGAAGAAAAUGAAAUCAAUCACGAUAAUGCAAUUAAGAAAAUUGUAAGUCCAGCAACAGCUUUCCAUAUUCUGACAAAGAUUGAGCCAAGAGUUAGCUGCUUUCUUCUUUCAAAAAUGAUGUCCAUGGAGGGUUCCAGCACUUGGCAGGCUUUUCUGGAUCAAGUUGCUGAUUCUCAUAUUUUUAAUGUGUUCACAGUCUACAGUUUGAGUGCAGACAAUAUAUGGGAGGUGUUAUUAUGUCGAGAUUCAGGUGGGGAAACUGAAUCUAUGCUUCUUAAUGAAACUGUGCCACAAUGGGUGAUUGACAUCACUGUGGAUAAAAAUAUGCCGAAAUUCAAUAAGAUUCCCUUCUACCUCCAACCUCAUUCAUCAUCAGGGGCAAAAACUCUCAAAAAAGACCGACUGUCAGCAAGUGACAUGCUUCAGGUGAGGAAAGUGAUGGAACACGUGUAUGAGAAAAUCAUAAACUUGGAUAAUGAGUCUCAGACAACUAGCUCUUCCAAUAAUGAAAAAGCAGGAGAACAAGAAAAAGAGGAGGACAUUGCUGUGCUAGCAGAGGAAAAGAUUGAACUUCUGUGCCAGGACCAGGUUUUGGAUCCGAAUAUGGACCUUCGAACUGUAAAGCACUUCAUUUGGAAGAGUGGUGGGGAUCUGACCCUUCACUAUCGCCAGAAAUCAACGUGAAGGGAGUGGCAGACCCAAAUGGUUGCUUACUUACUUGACCAUACUGUACUGGUUCCAAGAGUAGUACUGUAGAAGCCCACUGAACCCCUAAGGUAGAUGAGACUUCUAAUGACUCAGUAUGGACGGAAAGUAAACAUGUAAUUGAAGUGACUAAUAGAUCUGUAAUAUAGAGGAAAAAAAAAAAUCUAUAUGACUUAAACUAAAGUCUGUCCUACUCUCAGCCAAUGGAUGAGAUGGGAAGUUCCUGAGUGGUUCAUGUUGUGUGAGGUGUACAGAGAAUGGAUGAUAAUCCAGUGCAGACUUUUUGCUUCCUCCUUUUGCUUUAUUUCUCCAGAACAUAAUAUCCUCAUCUGUUCAUGCUUUGUAUGAAACCAGUUGGGCCAUUAGUUGCUGUGUUCACAAUACAAUUCAGAACUGCACACAACAUAUUUUAAGUACAUUCCAUUCAUAAACUUCC